AUGUACGUGGGCUAUGUGCUGGACAAGGAUUCCCCCGUGUACCCCGGCCCUGCCAGGCCCGCCGGCCUCGGCCUGGGCCCGCAAGCCUACGGCCCCCCGCCGCCGACCUCUGCGCCCCCGCAGUACCCCGACUUCACUGGCUACUCACACGUGGAGCCGGGCCCCGCGCCCUCUCCAGCCUGGAGCUCGCCCUUCCCUACACCCAAGGACGAGUGGGCCGCGGCCUACGGUCCGGGUCCCACCGUCCCCACGGUCAGCCCAGGCCAGUUAGCGUUCGGGCCCCCGCCGGACUUUAGCCAGGUGCCCGCGCCCCAGGGGCCCGGCCCGGGUCUCCUAGCACAGACCCUCGGCGGCCCGGGCGCACCGACGUCGCCUGGCGCGCAACGGCGAACACCCUACGAGUGGAUGCGGCGCAGCGUGGCCGCUGGAGGCGGCGGCAGCAGCAGCGGUAAGACCCGGACCAAGGACAAGUACCGCGUGGUGUACACUGACCACCAGCGCCUGGAGUUGGAGAAGGAGUUCCAUUACAGCCGCUACAUCACCAUCCGGCGGAAGUCCGAGCUGGCCCUCAAUCUGGGCCUCACUGAGCGGCAGGUGAAAAUCUGGUUCCAAAACCGAAGGGCCAAGGAGCGCAAAGUAAACAAGAAGAAGCAGCAGCAACAGGAGCAGCAGCAACAGCAGCCCCCCCAGCAGUCCCUGCCACCCACCCCAGCUGGGCCACCGCUGGGGGGCCUGUGUCCCAGCACCUCCAGCCUCCUGGGAGCCUCCUCCCCAAUGCCCGUCAAGGAGGAGUAUUUGCCAUAGGCCCUGCCCAGCCUGACGGGCUCCCACCUCAGGCCCAGGGGGCCUGUCUGAGUCUCCAUCUGGCCAUUGGCCUUCUGAAUGACCUCCACCCAGUCCUGCACCCCUGGGCUCAUCUGUUCAAGGCCCUCCUCCAGCU